AUGGCUACUCCAUACAUCGCAAAGUGGGGAAUCAUCGGCGCAGGAUGGAUCUCGAGCAUGUUCGUCGAGGACAUCGCGCUCGCCCGUCCCGACGUCACAGACGUGGCCCACGCCGUCGCUGCUGUGGGAUCGCGCGACAUCACCAAGGCUCAGGCGUUCAUUGACAAGCACAUCCCCAACGGCGGUACCGCCCAGCAGGCCGGGCUUGCUCCCCCUCCCGUCGCCUGUGGCAGCUACCAGGAGGUGUUUGACCAUCCCGAUGUCGAUAUCAUCUACAUCGGCACGCUCCACCCCACGCACUACGACGACGCCAAGGCCGCCCUCGCCGCGGGCAAGCACGUGCUCGUCGAGAAGCCUGCCACACUCAACGCUGCCGAGUGGGCUGACCUCGUGCGCAUCGCGACCGAGAAGAAGCUGUUCAUCAUGGAGGCGUUCUGGACGCGUUUCCAGCCCGCCGUCCAGGCUCUCUGGGACAAGCUGCACAAGGACAAGGUCAUUGGCAACGUUACGGCUGUGCACACCGACUUUUCGGUGCCCAACUACAACGUGCUUCCCGACGACCACCGCAUUGUCGGCCUCGCGGCGGCCGGUGGACCCCUCCUUGACCUCGGUGCGUACACCAUGGUGCCCGCGCGCAUCGCGCUCCACGACAACCCGGACAACAAGGGCGCCGUCCCCACGGUCACCUGUGCCAUGAGCAAGACGCGUAUGGGCACGGACCUGUCCACCACCAUUGUCCUCGACUACCCCAACCUGGACGCGCGCGCGUGCUGCAACACGUCGUUUGCCACUCGUUUCCCGCACGACACCACGGCCACCAUUAUCGGCACUGGCGGCCAGAUUAUCAUCCACAGCGUGCUCUGCCGUAUCACCAAGUUUACCAUUUUCCGUUUCACGCCCGGCAAGACGCGCGAGGAGGACAAGUGGGACACGCCCGAGGUGGUCGACAUCGACUUCCCCGGUACGGGACUCAACCUCGAGGCCGACGCUGUGGCGCGCGAUAUCCGCGACGGCAAGCUCGAGGACCCGCUUGUUACCCACAAGUACACCCUUGAGACGCUCGACAUCUUUGACGAGUGUCGUCGCCAGGGCAAGUAUGUCCUUCCCGAGGGUAUGGAGAAGAUUGGUCGUGUCGGUGCUUGA